AUGACUGAUGAUUCUUAUACGUUUUCAGACCUUGGCCUUUGCCAGCCGAUGGUAGAUGCAUGCAAAAGCCUUGGUUGGAAGUAUCCAAUGCCAAUUCAAAUAAAAACGAUCCCUCCAGCCAUUGAAAAGAAGGACAUUUGUGGUACUGCAGAGACUGGUUCAGGUAAAACUGGCGCAUAUAUGCUCCCCAUUUUCCAUCACAUGUGGGAAAACCCUCACAGCUUCUUUGCCCUUGUUUUUGCGCCAACUCGUGAAUUAGCAACUCAAAUCGAUCAUGUUACAAGAGAUAUUGGCAAAGAUAUCAAAGUCAGAGUCUGCACAAUCAUCGGUGGCGUUGAUGAAGAUUCGCAGGUCAAAGCUCUGAAAGCACAGCCACACGUUGUUGUAGCCACACCAGGCCGUCUUGCACGCCUUAUUAGAAAUAAUCCGAAGGUAAUACCAUUAAACAAGGUCGAGUGCCUUGUUUUCGAUGAAGCCGAUAACAUGUUACGUGAACCUUCAUUUCAGACAGAUAUUCAAUUAAUUCUUAGCAAAUUAAACUCCACUCACCAAACAUACCUGUUUUCUGCUACAAUGCCCGAAGAAAUCGAGCAACUUGCCAAGCAAACAAUGUCUGAUCCAGUAAGAUUAUCGCUUACAUCUGUAAAUACAGUUGCACGCACACUUACAGAGCAUCUUGUCAUCUCCGAGACAGGAAAGAAGGAAGCCACACUUGUUGCUCUAAUGAAUCAAUAUCCUGACAAACAAACUAUUAUUUUUGUUGGUUCCUGCAAAACCGCAACCAUUAUUUCUACAUUACUGAGCAACCUCAACUUCAGAACAAUCGUUUACCACGGCCAACUCCCACAACGCGAAAGAAUCAACGCAAUUGAUAGAUUUAAGAACGGAGAUUACCGAGUCCUUGUCGCUACAAAUGUUGGUUCACGUGGUCUCGAUGUUCCUCACGUGGAUUUAGUCAUUAACUACGAACUUCCAGAAGAACAUGAAGAAUACAUCCACAGAGUCGGAAGAGCCGGCCGUGCAGAGAGAUCUGGUGUUGCAGUGACAAUAAUUACUGCCAAUGAAGUUGUUGGCUAUAUCAGACUUGAAAAUUUCCUCAAGAAGAAGAUUCCUAAAAAAGACAUUCCCCUUGAGAAGAUUGAAGAGGUCACAGAAAAAGUGGAGCUGGCCAAGAGAGUCGCUGUUGAGAAGUAUAAGGAAAUGAAGAAGAAGCAAGCUCAGAAGAAGAAAGAGAAAGCUCGUAGAGAAUAA